ACACAGGAUCCGGAGCUGGUGCUGAUAACAGCGGAAUCCCCCGUAUACCUCUCUCCUUGGUCCUGGAAUAGUGCUACGGAUAACCAAGUAGCCAUAAAAUACAGUAAACCCUCAGCACUUGCUCAGUUUUAUGAAAGUCUCAAAUAAAAGGGACGUAAGCAAAAAAAAAAAAAAAAAAAGGCUUUUUUGUUUUUGUUUUGCGUGAGGGGACUCCAAAAAUAAAAUUCUCUAGGGAUUGAGGGGGAAGAAAAGAAAGAAAAUGCCAGCUGACAUAAUGGAGAAAAAUUCCUCCUCCCCGGUGGCUGCUACCCCAGCCAGUGUCAACACGACACCGGAUAAGCCAAAGACUGCAUCUGAGCACAGAAAGUCAUCAAAGCCUAUCAUGGAGAAAAGACGAAGAGCAAGAAUAAAUGAAAGUCUGAGCCAGCUGAAGACACUGAUUCUGGAUGCUCUUAAAAAAGAUAGCUCCCGGCAUUCCAAGCUGGAGAAGGCGGACAUUCUGGAAAUGACAGUGAAGCACCUCCGGAACCUGCAGCGGGCGCAGAUGACGGCGGCGCUAAGCACAGACCCGAGCGUGCUGGGGAAGUACCGUGCCGGCUUCAGCGAGUGCAUGAACGAAGUGACCCGCUUCCUGUCCACGUGCGAGGGCGUUAACACCGAGGUGCGCACUAGGUUGCUCGGCCACCUGGCCAACUGCAUGACCCAGAUCAACGCCAUGACCUACCCAGGGCAGCCGCACCCCGCCUUGCAGGCGCCGCCGCCGCCCCCGCCAGGACCCGGAGGUCCCCAGCACGCGCCGUUCGCGCCGCCGCCACCGCUGGUGCCCAUCCCCGGGGGCGCGGCGCCCCCUUCCGGCGGCGCUCCCUGCAAGCUGGGCAGCCAGGCUGGAGAGGCGGCCAAGGUAUUCGGCGGCUUCCAGGUGGUGCCAGCUCCAGACGGCCAGUUUGCCUUCCUUAUCCCCAACGGGGCCUUCGCGCACAACGGCCCAGUUAUCCCGGUCUACACCAGCAACAGCGGGACCUCCGUGGGUCCCAACGCAGUGUCUCCUUCUAGCGGCCCCUCUCUCACUACGGACUCCAUGUGGAGGCCGUGGCGGAACUGAAGGGUUCAGGCCACCUCUGCCCCUUAACUCCCCAACCCAUCUCUUUCGUCCGGACACUACACAGGAACUUGGAUGCUAGGAGACAAGACUUUUCUGAUUAAGUGGUUACUUUUUUUAAUUUCUAAAAAGUUACUUUUUUGUAGAGAGUCGUAUUAAGUGACUGACCAUGCACUAUAUUUGUAUAUAUUUUAUAUGUUCAUAUUGGAUUGCGCCUUUGUAUUAUAAAAGUUGAGAUGACAUUUCGUUUUUUACACGAGAUUUCUUUUUUAUGUGAUGCCAAAGAUGUUUGAAAAUGCUCUUAAAAUUUUAUCUUCCUUUAGGGAAGUUUAUUUGAGAAAAUAUAAUAAAAGAAAAAAGUGAAGUCUU